CGGAGGCUGGCAAAUCUGCAUUUGCGUGGCAUUCGGUUGGCCUGAAGUAUCGGCUUCUUCUUCCACCUCUUCCAUCGGAAUAUCAAGAUUUACAAUCAGUUUCCUGUUAUACGUCGAUUUAGUUCUCCACGAGUUAGCGCUUGGGGUUUAAAUCGAAGCCGAUAGGGUUUUGUAACCGCUGAAUGGAUGUGUGCUGAAGCAAGAAUGAGGGGAAUUUUUUGCUUUUUGUCAUGGUUUUUGAUUAUGUGGGGCGCGUGUUGGGGGAAAUUUGUGGUGGAGAAAAAUAGUUUGAAGGUGAGCUCGCCGGAGGCAUUGAAAGGGGUAUAUGAGUGUGCUAUUGGAAAUUUCGGCAUUCCUCAGUAUGGUGGGACAAUGGUGGGCUUUGUAGCUUAUCGCAAAACUAACAGGAAAGCUUGCAAGAGCUUUCAGGAAUUUGAUGUCUCCUUCAAAUCGAAGCCUGGAGGUUUUCCAACCUUUAUUCUUGUUGACAGAGGAGAUUGCUAUUUUACAACAAAAGCAUGGAAUGCACAGAGUGUGGGAGCUGCAGCAAUUCUAGUUGCUGAUGACAAGGUGGAGCCAUUGAUCACAAUGGACACACCUGAAGAAGACAAUGGCCGAGGAGAUUACUUGCAAAAUAUAUCCAUUCCAUCGGCACUUAUCAGCAAAACCUUUGGGGAUAGUCUUAAGAAAGCCCUGAAGGACGGCGAAAUGGUAAGCGUAAAUUUUGAUUGGAGGGAAUCGUUACCUCAUCCUGAUGACCGUGUUGAGUUUUGGACGAAUGGCAACAAUGAAUGUGGCCCCAAAUGUGACAGCCAAAUAGACUUUGUUAGAAGUUAUAAAGGGGCGGCACAGGUACUCGAGAAAAAGGGUUACGCCCAAUUUACACCACAUUAUAUAACUUGGUAUUGCCCUGAAGUUUUCCUUUUGAGCAAGCAGUGCAAAUCACAGUGCAUCAACCAUGGAAGGUACUGUGCUCCUGAUCCUGAACAGGAUUUCAGUAAAGGUUAUGAUGGGAGGGAUGUUGUGAUCCAGAAUAUUAGACAGAUCUGCUUGUUUAAGGUUGCUAAUGAAAGUGGAAAACCAUGGCUUUGGUGGGAUUAUGCGACUGAUUUCUCCAUUAGAUGUCCAAUGAAAGAGAAGAAAUACACGAAGGAAUGUGCUGAAGAUGUGAUGAAUGCAUUAGGUGUUGACCUUAAGAAGGUCAAUGAUUGUAUUGGAGAUCCUGAGGCUGAUGAAGAGAAUGCCAUUCUGAAGGCUGAACAAGAUGCGCAGAUUGGCAAGAAAUCCCGCGGUGAUGUUACUAUCCUCCCAACGCACGUCAUAAACAACCGGCAGUACAGAGGCAAGUUGGAUAAGAGUGCUGUGCUUAAAGCAAUCUGUGCUGGGUUUCAGGAAACCACAGAGCCAGCUGUGUGCUUGAAUGAAGACAUUCAGACAAAUGAAUGCUUGGAAAACAAUGGUGGGUGCUGGAAAGACAAGGUUGCUAAUAUCACUGCCUGCAGGGAUACAUUCCGUGGAAGAGUUUGUGAAUGUCCCAUUGUCAAAGGUGUUCAUUUUGUUGGAGACGGAUAUACUCAUUGUAAAGCUUCUGGAUCUGGAAGAUGUGCAAUUAACAAUGGAGGGUGCUGGAAGGGAACUCAAGGCGGCAAAACAUUCUCUGCCUGUUUGGAAUAUGAAGCAAAUGGAUGCAAGUGCCCUGUAGGCUUCAAGGGUGACGGAAUUACAACUUGUGAAGAUGUGGAUGAAUGCAAAGAAAAGAUUGCCUGCCAGUGCCGGGAUUGCAAGUGUAAGAACACAUGGGGAAGCUAUGAAUGCGGCUGCCGUGGCGAUCUUCUUUAUAUGGAAGAGCACGAUACCUGUAUAAGCAAGAAGGCAUCAUCAGAAAUUAGCUGGAACUUCUUGUGGGCCAUUUUAUUUGGAUUAGAGGCUGCUGGAGUUGCAGGAUACGCAGUCUAUAAGUACAGGAUCCGGAAGUACAUGGACUCGGAGAUUCGUGCCAUGAUGGCACAGUAUAUGUCAUUGGAGAGCCAUAUAGAAGCACCAACAACUCAUACCCGCCUCGCUGAUAUAGUCUGAUAUAUAGAAUAUGUAUAUAUAUAUAUAUAUAAUGGGCUAUAAUCUAUACUUGAGAGGCCGGUUUCUAUGUACAUAUAGAUGAGUUAUGUUAUGCCUGGUUUUUUUUUUUUUGCUAGACUGAUGCUAGUCAAGGGGUAAUUAUAUAGAGUAAAUGAUGAUCAUAUUAUGAGAUUUUGCCGAAUUUUAUUAUGCAUGGAUGGCUGUCUAAAAAUUGUGUCAAUGGUAUGGUGCUAGUAGCGUACCAAAAUCAUGAAGAUUCUAGUUGAUGCUAAUUUUGGAGAAAUAUAUAACGCAUUGGCAGAGUUGGAGUAGCGAUAUUCUGUGAUGGAG